ACAGGAUACGAAAGAAUUAUGCAUUAACUGUAAACUUAGAGGAGCUUACUGACCUCAGUGGGUUCUUGAUUUAUAUCAGGCUAGAGCAGAGAAGAGGGCAAAGUUUUACUCGCUGAGCACCAAGGAAUGAAUUACAAGUCUGAGAGGACAGUAGCCUGUACGAUACGGUGGGAUCUGGUUUUCAAAAUGGAAUUGCAGCUCGCGCUCCUUUUCGCAGGGAUAAUUGCAUUUUCGGACUCGGCGAGAGGCCCCCCAAGGAUUGCCGAUAAAGUGAUUCACCGCCAGUCCGUGAGGCUGGGGAGGACCAUCAAGCUCCUGUGCCCAGUGGAAGGCGACCCCCCUCCCCUCACCAUGUGGAUGAAGGAUGGACGGACUAUCCACAGCGGCUGGACAAGGUUCCGGAUCCUUCAGCAAGGGCUGAAAAUCAAGGAGGUGGAAAGCGAAGAUGCGGGAACCUACAUUUGCAAAGCCACCAACGGCUUCGGCAGCACCAAUGUGAACUACACCCUGAUCGUAAUUGAUGAUGCCAGCUCAGGAAAGGAUAGCCAGGUACCUGAAGGCUCCAACGGAGAAUAUGAAGAUCAUUCUGGGAAGCAAUGGGCCCGGCCCAGGUUCACACAGCCUGCCAAGAUGAGACGGAGGGUGAUCGCCCGUCCUGUCGGCAGCUCCAUCCGCCUCAAGUGCGUGGCCAGCGGGAACCCAAGGCCUGACAUCACGUGGCUGAAGGACAAUAAGCCCCUCACUCCCCAAGAGAUUGGGGAGAACAAGAAGAAGAAGUGGACAUUGAACCUGAAGAACCUGAAGCCGGAGGACAGUGGGAAAUACACCUGCCGGGUGUUUAACAAAGUUGGAGAAAUCAAUGCAACGUACAAAGUUGAAGUGAUCCAGAGGACAAGGUCCAAGCCCAUCCUGACAGGGACACACCCUGUCAACACAACGGUGGACUAUGGUGGGACCACAUCCUUCCAGUGCAAAGUCCGCAGCGACGUCAAACCCGUCAUCCAGUGGCUGAAAAGGGUUGAAUAUGGCACAGAGAGCAAGUACAACUCCACCAUCGAUGUCGGGGGGCAGAAGUUCGUUGUGCUGCCCACGGGGGAGGUCUGGUCCCGCCCAGAUGGUUCCUACCUGAACAAACUGAUGAUUACUCGAGCCAAGGAGGAGGACGCAGGGAUGUACAUUUGCCUGGGGGCAAACACCAUGGGCUACAGCUUUCGCAGCGCUUUUCUCACAGUCCUGCCAGAUCCCAAGCCUCCGAGUGCACCUGUGCCCCCUUCCUCGGCCAGCAGCCUGCCCUGGCCUGUGAUCAUCGGCAUCCCCGCCGGAGCUGUCUUCAUCUUUGGGACGAUCCUCCUGUGGCUUUGCCAGUCCAAGAAGAAACCCUGCUCCCCUCCAGCUGCUGCCCCUGUGCAUCGGCCGCAGCCCCGGGACAGGAUCUGUGUCUCCCAGGUCCCGGACAAAGACUGCAUCUCCUCCAUAAACUAUGAGGAAUAUGUGGCCCAGCAGCAGCAUUUGCUGUCCCAAGGGCCUGCGCUCGCCCCAGCCAUGGCAUCCAAAAUGUACCCAAAGAUUUACACGGACAUCCACACCCACACCCACUCGCAUGUGGAAGGCAAAGUCCACCAGCACCAACACAUCCAGUACCAGUGCUAAGAGCUGGCCCUGUACAGUAGCUCGUUUUUGGGCUUUCCCUCGUGGUACCUCAGAAGAGACUGCUCCAAGUCAGCUCUCACUGCCAGCAACAGGCAAAGCAGACAGAAAAGAUUUUAUAUAUAAUUUUAAAUAUAUAUAUACAUAUAUAUAUAAUUGUAUAUGCGUGUGUGUAUGUGUGUAUAUAUAUAUGUGUAUAUAUCUAUAUCUAUCUAUAUAAAUAUAUAUAUAAUAGAGAAAGACAGAGAAAAGAGAUUUCUUUUUUUUUUAAUUAUUGCAAUCAGGAUGUAGCUGAGGAAUAAUGAAGGAUCUCCAAAUCACAGCAGAGAGGCAGCCAUCUCCAACAGCAAAGCCUUCCUGGAUAUUUUAAUCAAGGUGGCAACAAGUGAGACAGGACAGAGGGAUGUGAACCACCACCUCCUUCCUUGUGUUACUAAGAGGAGCAAGUAGAGCAAGAGGUGUGUGUGGUACUUUUCUGGAUGCACAAUGCUGUUCCUGUGCCAGCUACACAUCACUUGUUUUGGUGGGAAGUCCCCAGACCUGUCCUGCUCUGAGUGACCCGAGCUCUCAAGUACUUGAGGUUUAGAGCCAAAGCACCAGGAGACAUGACCAAUUCAUCUCUUCCAGGGGGAAAAAAUAACACAAGAGGGUCUGGAAAAACCAAUUUCCAUUCACAAGGUGAAAUACUGAAUGCUUCUCAGUCACAGUCAGCACAACCAGCUAACCGAGCUGGUUGGUUCUAUUUCUGCAAGGUGAAGACAUCUUGUUUCCCAUGGGAUGUUCUGCAGAUCAAGCCACAAGAGCGCCACUCCUCUGGUCCUAGGACUCAGUGCCACUGCCAGGAAAAAGGAGAGAAGGAAUGAGGAACAUUGUACAGAACACCUUUAUAUUUAUAUUUAAGAAAUAAUAAUAAAUAAUAAUAAUAAUAAUAAUUGAACUGCUGAAGGUGAAGAAAGCAAAACACACUGUCCUUCUCUGAUGGCUUACGGCGACAAGCUACUGGAUUUUCUACAUCAAUGCAAAAUACAUGAAAGCAUUAGAAAAAAGUGUAAGAAACAAAGAGAAUGAAAUAAUAAUCUUGUAGGAAAAAAUGCAUUUGAGAAAUACUCAGCUAGGUUGUGUGUGGUUGCCCCAUCCCCUCAGAUAUCAUUUUGGAAAUGAUAAAACUUCAUUGCAGUUCAACAGUAAAAACAGAAAGAAGAGAAAAUAAAUAAGGACCAUAUUAAAUACCUAUAUGGACUGGGAAUGAAUCCAAUUGCAAAAUAUAAAACCUUUGUAAUUCUAUAUAGAGUUUAAACAGAAGUCAUGUAUAUUUAAUUUAUUUUGUUAAACAAGAAAAAAAAUGUAUGAUAUUUUCCUCGAAACAGGCAUUUCUAUACGUAUUUUUGAUCAAAGAAAAUAAAGAUUUUUUUUUUUUCCAGGUUCUGUAGAUACCAUGCUCAGAGUAUGCUCCAUGUAGCUUGUGACCAACUGUGCUUCUCGUAACCUGUUGGUCACCUGUCUCUAUGCCUUUGUACACUAACCACGUGUAAUCUCCUAUCACCUCAAGUACUGCUGGUGCCAUCCUUUUCAUCAGCUUAUAUUCUGACUGUGAGGGUCUGCAAUGGCCAGUUCACUACUCAUGGACCCCAUUCAUCUUCAGUAGCAGAGCUCUGUGCUCACACUAUGCAUUUUUGGGGGAGUUGGGGAGGUUUCGUUAGAUUUUUAAGCACAAAUCUGCAGUGGGUCUUCUUCUUGAAAGAAAAUUUUGUAAAUCAAAACGUAAGAUUUGUGAGGCUGUAAAAGGAACCUUGGCCUCCGGGUGGGUGCCUGGAAGGGGAAAUUAUGGAAUGCAGGUGAAACAAUUUGUAGCUUCAGGAGGCAGUGGAGGCUGAGCUGGGAGCAAUGAGAAGAACUGGAGCUGCUCCCCUCCAGUGGGGUUUGAACCUUCAUUCUUCUGCACACUAACAAGAGGCACCCAACUCCUCAGUGGCCAAAAUUUUCUUUAGAGGAGGCAGCUUCAGCAACGCUGCAUGCUUCAGCAAUGCUCUUCUCUUGAGUUUCAUUUAAAGUUUGCUGGUAAAAAAAACCAAACAAACCUGAAAAUUUGAAAAUGAGAGUUUUUAAGUUUGAAAUUACUUCCUUCUCAAGCCUGUUCUGUGAAAGAGAUCCCCACCAAACCAGCUGUUCUGUUUAAUAGUGAAACACUUUAUUUAAUCUGAAACAAAGCAGUGCUUUAGGCUUUGCUUUUCUCUGAACAUUUCUGAAGGUAUUUGCUCUGUGUUGACCUGCAGUGAUUUUUCUGGUGGUUUGUUUGAAUCACCAGCAAACCAAACAGUUCCCUGUUUGCUCAGCCACAGUGCUGUGAGAUGGGGCCCCGAUUCAGUGAAAUACAUCAGCUCCUGCUUUUCUUCAUCAAUACAUGCUGCUCCAAAAGGUCCCUUUUUUGCUUUAGUAGUGGGAUAUCCAUGUAAUAACCUCUACAGGAAGACCAUUCCUCACCAUAGUGUUCCUACAGAGGUUAUAAUAAAGCAACCCAUCGCUAACCAUUGUUUCUUUUUCAGCAGGAGGGUUCAGUUAAACUUUGUUAACACAAAUUGACGAGGUCCCUAAAAGCUAAAUUCAGAUUAAGGGUACCUUCAUAUGCAUCCUCUCAAUUUCAGGGAAACUUAAAUUUGAGGACUGAGAACUCUGUUUGGAUAUAAGGCAUGAUUUAGUCAGGAGUUUUUAAUGGCUCUAGUAUACUGAGUAAUUUCAU